AUGCACAAUUCCGUUACGCUUCUGCUAGCACGAUGUUUUGUUUUCGGCGGAGUCAUCGGGAUUACUCUCGUCCUUAUUGAAGCGGAAGGAUACGCUGCCAACGUUUUAGCCAACACCGAAGGAGCAGUGAUAUCGCGGAUCGGCCUCGCCACGUCACAGUUAACUGUUGUGUCCAUCUCAGCUAUGGCAUUUUCAUCGACGGGUUCUUUCCUGAACUCUAUACUUUUCGAGAUUAUCUGGCUUGCUAUCCUUUCGAUGCUCUGGCUUGCCGCCGCGGCACUUACGUCCAACCGAUUGCUACUACUUCAGCAAACACUGGGCGCAGACGGAUGUUACGCACUCAACGGUUCGUAG